AUGGAUUCUGAGGAGGAAUACAUGUCGGCUCUUUCGAGCGACGACGAGAUAAUGCAGGACGAAAGCGGCGAUGAGAUAUCCGCAGGUGAAGACUUUGAUGACGAAGAGUUCGACGAGCCCGAUCCUGACUUUGGUCUAAUCAAAGAUGCAGAGAAGAAGAAGAAAUCCGCACAUGUGGUAUCAUACAAAGUCUAUGAACCGAGCGAUAUCCAACGCCAACAGGAUGACAUGAUCAGCGAAGUCAACAUGAUUUUAGACAUGCAGAAAGAGGACGCGGCCAUCUUGCUUCGCCAUUUCCGAUGGAAUAAAGAGAGGUUGCUUGAGGACUAUAUGGACAGGCCAGAAAAAGUACUCGAAGCUGCUGGAUUAAGCAGCAAUACAUCCAGCCCUCCAAAGCUGGAGGUUAUCCCUGGCUUCACAUGUGACAUAUGUUGUGAGGAUGAGGAGGGCCUCGAGUCAUUUGCCAUGAAAUGUGGUCAUCGCUACUGUGUUGAUUGCUACCGGCACUACUUGACACAAAAGAUCCGUGAAGAGGGGGAGGCUGCUAGGAUCCAAUGCCCCUCUGAUGGAUGUGGUCGCAUCCUUGACUCAGCGUCACUCGAUGUUCUGGUCACCCCAGCACUCGCAGAUCGAUAUCAAGAACUACUCAACAGAACGUAUGUCGAAGACAAGGACAAUUUUAAGUGGUGUCCUGCCCCAGACUGCCCCAACGCUCUCGAGUGCGGCGUCAAAAAGAAGGACCUAGGCAAGAUCGUCCCUACUGUCGAGUGUCGAUGCGGGUAUAGAUUCUGCUUUGGUUGUCCGAACCCCGACCACCAACCAGCUCCCUGUGAGCUUGUUAAGAAAUGGCUCAAGAAGUGCGCCGACGACUCAGAAACAGCCAACUGGAUCUCGGCCAACACUAAAGAAUGCCCAAAGUGCAACUCGACGAUCGAAAAGAACGGAGGCUGCAACCAUAUGACUUGUCGAAAGUGCAAAUAUGAGUUUUGCUGGAUGUGCAUGGGACUUUGGUCCGAGCACGGCACCAGCUGGUAUAACUGCAAUAGAUAUGAGGAAAAGAGCGGAUCUGAGGCUCGUGAUGCACAAGCUAAAUCCCGGACAUCUCUUGAACGAUAUUUGCACUACUACAACCGAUAUGCCAACCACGAACAAUCGGCCAAGCUCGAUAAGGACAUUGCUCAAAAGACCGAAAAAAAGAUGGUUCAGCUUCAGACAGCAUCGGGAAUGUCCUGGAUUGAGGUUCAGUACCUCAAUUCCGCGUCCCAGGCUCUUCAAACAUGUCGACAAACGCUCAAGUGGACAUAUGCUUUUGCUUUUUAUCUCGCCAGGAACAACCUGACAGAGAUUUUUGAGGAUAACCAGAAAGACCUCGAGAUGGCUGUGGAGAACCUGUCUGAAAUGUUCGAGAAACCCACUGCAGAAUUGUCUGACCCCAAACUCAAGGUUGAUAUCAUGGACAAAACUUCAUACUGCAACAAGCGUCGCGUCAUUCUGCUUGAGGAUACAGCCGAGAACCUUGCAAUUGGUAAAUGGAUUUUCAACUCGGACCUAUUAGCUGCGACCACUUCUGCGCCCGUCAACCGUCGCUGA